ACAGCCAUGGCUCUUAGCCCCAGGAUCCACGGCAGUGGCCACUUCCCUGCCAGCCAUAGACUUCUUGGAGUUUUGGCUUGCCCUAAAAGGGUCAGAGGACAAGUCCAGGCCUCCCCAAGCUGCCUGAAGUGGGACACGGCCCUGCACAGCUGGUGCCCUGCAAGUCUCAGCCUCUCUCGGUACUUUUAACACAGCCCUGGCCCGGUGCAAAGGGCCGAGACAAGGACUUUUGCCUCGCCAUCCCCUGGCUGAUGUUUGCGCUGUCUGUGUUCUGUCUGGCCUCGCGGUUGGAAGACACGCGACAAAGCAGGAUGUUCGCCUCUUAUCUUCCAGCGGUCACCAUGACAACGGCAGCGACUUCUGACCUGAUGCAGUCAGCAAAAAUCGCAGCUUGAGGUCCUGCGCCUGCGUGUUUGGAGGUCAGUUAAUGGUCACGGCACUUGGGGGGGGGGGGAUCUGACGACCCACGACCCCCUAAAGAAGUGUCCGCAUGCGCCAUCACGGGGGGCACAUCCCGCCGUCCUCGCUCGAGUACCAAAGCCUACGCGGCGGACGUACCGUUGUCCUGACUACCCGACUUCAGCAGGAUUGCUGAAAAGCAACCGUAAAGCUUGCCAUCAGGGCUGUGCAGAGCCAGACACAAGGCAGGCAAGGGCAGAGCUCUCCCCACCGCAGACGGGGAUCAUCGGGACGCCGCUGGAUCCAUGGUGGUUGCUUGUUGGAUGAAGAGGAGCUCUGAACCGUGAAUGCAGACCAUCAUAUCUGGAAUACAUAUCAGUGGGGCUAUUUUUCAUAGCCAUGUGGGGGUACUGUCUAUAUUUGCAUGGUUAUGUACGUUGUAUGUGUGCACAGCAAACCCAGCCUCCGGAAAUGAGGAUAAUCGGAACCUUGCAUGGGAACGCAUUAAGGGAUUUGUAAGGGUGUGGAAUCAUACCAAUCAAGGCAUAUGUGUCGCCUUGCCCGAAUCGGCUGAACAGGGUUUGCGAUUUUCUGUGACCCCAGCUGACCUGUCUUUCACCCUUAACAAGACCGACAAUGCCACAUCAAAGCGGUAUUUACCACGUGUAUGGGUAAACAAUUAUGAUAACACCACCAUUAAAUGGACAAAAAUACCAAUGAUCCCUAACAUGAGGGAAACCUGGCUUCCCCUUCCCAACACGUCAGAAACUGAUCUUAUGAAUCACACCUGUACAGCCACAAUUCCUGCCUUUAAUAUCACCAUUAACAAAGACAUACAGGCUGGGCCUCUGAUAUCAUCUGGAAACCAAACUCACAUUAGAGGGAACAACGCGUUUUCCUCAGUUAACCUUUCUCGGCCUUGUGAAUAUUAUCCUUGGGAUCCCACUUUCGACCCAUUGGCAAAACCUGACUACUAUGAAGCUGAUUAUACUUUGAAUAUAACGGUAAAAUGGUGUGUUAGACUUCCCAACACCAGGGCAGUUGGCCCCUUCGAUUCAAAGAAUUUGAUGUGGUUUUGGUCGCGAACUGUUAACACUGCAAUACCUCUACAACCCGGCAGAAGCCGAACUUGGGAGCAUAGUCCUUUAUUUAAUUGUACCCGAGUCAUAACAUGUGAGGAUGGUCCUGGGGAUCCUCUGGAGACCUGGUUUUUGUAUGGAAUACGAACUCUGAUAAGAGAUAUGUGUACUUGCUGGGGGUACCCCUCUAUGGGAUGGAGGAAUAAUGACACCCGGUGCAACACCACCCAGGCUGGUACCUCAUUACAGAGAAUUUGUGGCAUUCCAAAUACACAUUAUCCAGUAGAGGCGCUGCGUAUUGACUCACAGCCUCCUGUACAUUUUAUGGAUUAUAAUGAUCGGUACUCCUGUAAGAAUAGUAUAUAUCCCCCCCCCUUUGGCUUAGCAUGGGUGUGUUCAGAUGGCAAGUUUUAUUCCUAUUUGACAUUAGGUUAUCAUGCCGGACUACAGUGUGGUGUAGGAAUUCCCUCUCUUUGUCCUAGUCACAUUUUCAACAUUACCAACUUAUCUCAUCGACGAGGGCGACGUGAUGUCUCCAUACCACAGGACAAACGAUAUCAUUAAUGUCUGAAAAUACAUUUGCCCCUUAUCGUACCCUGGAAUGGGUCCAAUUUGUACUAGAAAACAUCACCUGGCAGACAUAUGUGUUAAGUAAUUGGACUAAAUAUGCCUUCAGGGAACUAAAUGUUGCAAGUCCAACAAGAUUCUCUAAUGAGUCUUCAAAAUAGAUUUGCCUUAGGUAUGUUACUACUAAAAGAACAAUGGGGUAUGCGGAAUGUUAAAUUUGUCUGAAACCAAAUGUUGUAUUACCAUUUAUAAUGCUUCCUCCUCAAUUGAGGAACCUCAAGAUAAAAUGAAAGAAAUAGCCAAUCAGACUGGGGAACUGUUCCAAUCGAUACAGCCCCGUGAUUGGUUUGAUGGAUUGAACACUGGAUCAUGGAUUACAAUCAUCCUAAGAUCCUUGGGACUCACUGGAUGGGGAAGAUGGUUGGCACAAAUUGGAAUAGCAAUAUUAACUGGCAUUGUACUUUUAAUGAUUGGCAAUGGCCUAGUGAAAUGUAUGGUAAAUCGCUUGAAAAACUCACUUUCCUCUUCUGUUCACUACGUUCAUAUCACCACCAUGGAAGAAGACUACAUCGAUAUUCCCUGUGGCUCAACAUUGUGGUGCAAAGGGCCGAGACAAGGACUUUUGCCUCGCCAUCCCCUGGCUGAUGUUUGCGCUGUCUGUGUUCUGUCUGGCCUCGCGGUUGGAAGACACGCGACAAAGCAGGAUGUUCGCCUCUUAUCUUCCAGCGGUCACCAUGACAACGGCAGCGACUUCUGACCUGAUGCAGUCAGCAAAAAUCGCAGCUUGAGGUCCCGCGCCUGCGUGUUUGGAGGUCAGUUAAUGGUCACGGCACUUGGGGGGGGGGAAUCUGACGACCCACGACCCCCUAAAGAAGUGUCCGCAUGCGCCAUCACGGGGGGCACAUCCCGCCGUCCUCGCUCGAGUACCAAAGCCUACGCGGCGGACGUACCGUUGUCCUGACUACCCGACUUCAGCAGGAUUGCUGAAAAGCAACCGUAAAGCUUGCCAUCAGGGCUGUGCAGAGCCAGACACAAGGCAGGCAAGGGCAGAGCUCUCCCCACCGCAGACGGGGAUCAUCGGGACGCCGCUGGAUCCAUGGUGGUGACUAUCCCUUGCUUUUCUUAAGACCUUCUUUGCGUUUCCCGCCCCGCUUUUCCUAUCGCUUCCCUCUUUUCUCCUUUUGUAAGCAAUAAACUGACUUAAGCCUUUGGUUAUCAA